AGAUGAACGGUCAUAAGUUUUGUUCGAAGACGUGAAUACAUACACAUUGUGAUAUUGAAUUCUAGAUGGACAUUUAUAGAAGGACUAACAGUGCAUUGCUGUUUCUCUGCAAGUCUCUAAGAAUCGUCAGUGCACUUCUAGCCAGAUGCGGAUUAGAUUAGAUUAUGAUUAAAUAUUUACUAACAAGAAAACAAAGUACAAUCACCGCCAACAAUUCUAAGUGAAUUUUCCGAGAUAGAUUUUCCUAAGUGUGUGUAUUGGUCGGAGGCAACCUGUUUGUCAGAAUUGAACAAGGGCGUGAAAAUUUUAUAAGAUUUUAUGUGAUUAUUUCUGAAGCAUAAGAAGUAUCUGGGAACUUUAUUUCACAUAUAUUUGCAGUAUAGUGACAAAACAUUAAAAGAGACAUUACUAUGUAGGCAAAAUGAAGAAAAUUAUCUGAAGUGGUUCGAAGUGAAAAAGUUUUCCCUGAAAACUUUGAGGGAAGGGCCUGAUGGAAAUUUUCCGUUCACUGCCCAGUUACCCGUUUGGAUGUUUUAAUUACGUGGUAAAAGUGUGUUCAUCAAUUCGUGGUUCGGGAAAAACUAAAAAUUUCUUCAGCACCUAUUUUGGAUUGUUCCUACGUGUGCUUCUACAUGCUGGAAUAAAACAAGAAUAAGCACCUGCAUGUAUAAUUGAUUGAAAAGUUUUUGUUUUAUACGAGAGCGAUUAAUGUCUAUGAGCUGCUGCCAUUCUGCUCUGGCUAACAAAAACACCAGCUUGGUCAGAUAGAGAAAGAGAGAGUGAUAGAGAGAAAAAAACAAGAGUGGAAAAAGUUUUCGUUUUCCGAACAAACCAAGAGGAUACAAGCAGCGUGAAUGUGUGAAAAUGCAAAAAGAGAGGAAAAUAUCUUCAACGAGAGGAAAACUUUUCAUUCUUUGUGUGUUUAUGCAAUCCAAUUUGAUGUGAAAACAUAGCCAUAAACUAUUUAAUUUGGAUGACGGAGGCUUUUCUCGGAACACACCUUUUUGUGGGUAAAACAAAGGCGUUAAGACAAAUGAAAAGUUUCAAUUACCCUAAAAUGUAUCAAAUAGUGUGUAUUCAAGAAGAACGAAAUGAAAUAGUAUAUGCGUAAGUUUUCAAAAGAAACGUUACCUAAAAUGUUGAAGCAUUGCAACUGUAUGCUAGAUACAUCGGAAAAUAAUUAAACAAACUGAAACGCAGUGAUGGCAUGAACGUAUUUAGAAGCAACCCAAUGUGAAGGGAACCGAUGCCUUCUUUGUAGUAUAUCAUAACUUCGUAGUGGAGAAGUAAGUAGCACGACAAGACUGCGUUUUCACGGAAAAAGACAAUUGCUGUCAAAAGCAGGUGCGCUAACCAUUCAUCAUUUAAAGGACAACAAACGAAAAGUUCAAGAACGAAGCAGGAAAAUAAAACAGCAUAAACAAAGAAAGUCACAUUAAAUUCCCCACGUCGAUUAUCAGAACAUGCGUGAAGCUUUUCCAAGUCUUCCAUUUGAUAGUAACAUUACAGAAGAAAAACUAUUACCUUCGCCAUCAACGUCACCUCCAGUUCUGUUAUUUGCUACAGUUCAUCCAGAAGAAAGGAAACAGGAAGGACGUGAGGCACUAGAACAACAAUAUCCGGUAGUAGCACUACUGCCUCCACAAUCUACAUCACCACCCAUUACAGCCACAGCUUUCAACUCGACGGCACCAUCACACGAACCGGAGCAAACAAUCAUCACAGAAAAGAUUAUAAUUAAUCGUGAGGGUGAAAUCAUUAAGGAAACAUUGCUGGACAACGAUCCUGAGAAGAAUGCUAUAUUUGAUACUAACGGCUCACAAAGCCUCGUUGGCAAUUUGCCACCAACAAUCAUACCAACAGCAUCAGCAACAACUGGAACAGCAACGGCUAGCUCGGCGGCAUUAGUUGUGUCGGCUGCAGCGGCGAUACCUAGCGGGACUGGGGGAAGUGGAACUACAAGUACAAGUUCAUUGGCUGCAGCAGUGACAUUGUCGACGACACCAUCCUUCGGUGAAUUAGAAGAGCUACAGAAUAUUCUCCACUUUCCAGAAGAGGUUGCGUUGCGAAUCACUGACACAGAAUAUCAAUUAUUCUACCAGGUAUCGCAAAAUGAUUUCAUUAAUGAUUCGAUUCACGAGCUGCAGAGGGAGCGAAUUCUGAACUACUCGGCAAGUAGCAACCCCAGUCUUGCUACUCCCAACACAACGAGUACCAGCGGUAGUAGUUAUAGUAUAGCUAAUGGCAGCCGAGAGCAGCCACAAACAACAACAUCAUCGUCAACAACCAACGUUGCCAAUAUUAAUGCAAGCCCCAGCAUUGUGGCUGCAGUUAAAACUCCAAGUGGAUUUUCAUCAACGCUGAAUGCCAUACGCAAACGCUUUGAUGAGACUAGCGCGUGGACCAACUACUUUAUCCUAUCACAAAAUACACAAGACGAACGAAAAGCGGCCUUUGCAUGUCUACUGCGUGUUGCUAUUUCAUGCUGGAAUAUCGGAAAUUUCAAUGGUGCUAAAGAGAUAGUGGAUGGUCUAAAGUCAAUAAAAAAAGAAUCAUUUUUGACAUCUACCACGGACCGAGGAAGAAAUUCCGUUUACGAGUUUCUCGCUACCGUUUUUGACUCUUCAGAAUACAGCAAUGCUGUUUCAAGAGCAUUGGCAAUACCCACGUGCCGUACCAUUCCUUAUUUCAAAAAUCACGUUGAAGAAAUCAAGUGCUUAUUGCGAAUGGCUCCUCAGCCUGAAAAACAAAAUCAAUAUCACAAACACACGGAAAAAUAUUACUUGGGAGAUGCUAACCCAACUCCAGCUCCCGACGAUGAGGAGAUGCUGCAAAAGUUGGCCCAGGUGAUAUUGCCUUUAACGUACCCUACACCAUUGACUGCUCCAACUACGGUAAUACCAACAGAUGAGUCAACUGAGCCAUUAUUGUCACCGGAAUCGCUGGACGAACCGGAUAUUCACCCUUUGGCUGAUGAAAUCUACACGAGAGUAUUACCAGCUUUGAACAGAUUAUCUCCAUUCUUCAACCAUCACGAUAGCCUUUGUCGAGAGUUACCACAGAGUUUGUUAGAUUUUUUAAGAGCUGCAUCCAAUAGUCCUCGACAAGUUAAAAUACCAUUAUACCAGCCAUCAAAUCUCAAAGAGCUAGAAGAAGACUAUGAAGUUGAGAUAGGAAAUUACAAUCCAGUUCAGCCGCUAAUUUUUGAUCAUGGAAUUAGUAUUGUAUCACUAUCUGCAAAAGACCCUAAUGCCGUUGAUCAUCACAUUUUACAGAUACUUCACCACGGUUCAACCGCCGUACUUUGGGAGCCAGACGUACCUGCCGAACGAUCUACUUACGUAUAUUUAAGAUUAGAGCGGUCCUGUUCUCACAUUUCUUGGCAACGGACAGCAUGGCGAAGGACCAAAUCGCAACAUGAUGUUCACUUCAAUCAAAAUCCGGAAGAGAGUGUGGCUUGGAGGUUUACAUCGCGGUAUUCUUCAAGUUCCGGCGAUAUGGAGAUGCAAUGUCAAAAUUUAGAAGAAGGCAUACUUGAUCUCGGUACAGUCAAAGAUAUUUCGAUGGGCUCUAGGAACCACGAAUAUGAUCCGGAUAUUUUGGCAGCUGGUAAACGAUUCGGGUUGACCCACGUCGAAUGUUGUGUGUCAUUGUUAUAUGGAAACUCAGCGAGCGAAAACCGAAUUCUGUGUAUCUUGUGUCCACCUAUGCUUUGUCGCACAUGGUAUGUUGGUCUUCAUUGGAUGCUGCGGGGAUUCCGACGUCAGCAGUGUUUGAUAGAUCGAUCGAUGCUUUGGUUGAAAGAACUUUACAUUCAGUUGUAUUUUGAAGAGGGUGCUUGUAGUGAACCUACGGUAGCUGAUGCAAUAAAAGCCUUCGGAGGUCAACUGUACUUGUCUUCCAUAAAAUCUUUAUCAGGGACGCAUAUCAAAGAUUCGACUUCUGAAUUGGUAUCUGUAGCUAUUUCGGUCCCAAGCAAAAAGGAUUCCAAUGCUAAAAUUCGCAAGAAACGCUCGGUUGCUAACUUACUUAAUCAAAACCAUGAUAACAGCCACAGUAGUCCUACAAUAGAUCAAAAUAUUAGUGAAACGGAAAAAAUACGCGCAAAUGAACGCCGGAAAGACCGAAACGGUUCGCACGAUCAGCUUUGGCUUAAUAUGAAAAAUCUGCGAAUAGGAUCGGUUACUCAUGAUACUCAACUAGACUUCCUCAGUUUCGUUUCUUUGUAUAGAUCAUUCAGUAUAUUAACGAGACCUGAUCUUCGCGAUAUCUUCAACCAACUAGCAGUGGUAUCGGUUUGUCGUAAAACGUUAAACGGAGAAAAAAGUAGAAGCGCUCCCGAGCUUUCAGAGGUGGCAGUGAAAAGGAAAAUCGGCCUCCUGACACGCAAUUGUUCGCUAGAUUUGGACCUAUCGGACGUUAAACAUACACGGAAAAAGCACUUUGACGCCAUUGCCGCCUCCAGCAUAGCUGCUAGUAGCGAUUUCCUGUCAUGCAACAACAAAGUGAUUACGAUAGCUACGUUGAAAAAGUUUCUCGAAACUCGCCAGAUGGAAUUGCUGAGUGACGAGGAUGUGAAAGCAAUUAUACAACGGCACGAACCAGAAGCUGCGCACCGUAUCGAAAAUUGUAUGAGUUUUGAGGGUUUUGCUCGGUACAUGAUGGAUAAAGACAACUAUGCAUUUCUCAGCGAGUUGAUGCCUGAAAGUACAUACAUGAACUUGCCUCUUUCGCAAUAUUAUAUUGCAUCGUCUCAUAACACAUACUUAACUGGUCACCAACUCAAGGGUGAAAGUUCUGUUGAGCUGUACAGUCAAGUGCUGCUUACAGGGGCUCGUUGUGUUGAACUGGACUGCUGGGAUGGAGACGAUGGAACACCAGUAAUUUAUCAUGGACACACAUUCACUACCAAGAUUCCUUUUCGGGCAGUUGUAGAAGCAAUAAAUAAGUCGGCAUUCGUACAGUCUGCGUACCCAGUUAUUCUAUCAAUUGAAAAUCACUGUUCUGUAACACAACAGCAAAGAAUGGCAGCAAUUUUUCAGGCAAUAUUCGGAGAAAAACUGAUAACCAGCUUUCUGUUUGAUCAAGAUUACACAGACGAACCAUAUCUCCCCACUCCUUUAGCAUUGAAAUACAAAAUACUAAUCAAGAACAAAAAAUUGGUUGUUGAAGUUCCAGCAACACUAUCAACAGGUUUAACCCGACAAAACACGUACAAACAAUCAAAUCUGUCAUGUAGGGCAAGUUCAAUUAUAUCAAACACUAGCGGUAGCUCCCUCAACGAAGAGUUCAGUGAUGACGAGUACGAAGAUGAUGAUGAUUUUGACAAUAUUGAUGAAAAAACAUAUCAUGCAAACUGGGGAUCAAUAGAUGAUAAGUCUAGGCAUAGUGUGUCCCACGCAAACGUAUCAACACCGACGAGGCAACGUCUCGAGCAGCAUCAAAUGCACUUACAACAGCAUCAACAACAUAUUCAACCCCAGCAACAGCACCAUCAGCAGGAUGAUCGAUCUCGCAAGCGCAGUAAUCAAAUUGCCCGUGAGCUAUCGGAUUUAGUCAUAUACAUUCAAGCAAUAAAAUAUCGCGGUCUCAAUCCGUACAGUCCACAUAACUCAAUGCGUGCCAAUCCAAGACAGCAGCUCAAGACCAGUGGUAGUGUAGUUACGGUUGGAAGUAUCCUAAAGAACAGUUCAGGAGACACACUAAGUCUUCCAUCGUCGAGUCAUUUAUCGGAUAAUCUUUCACUCAGUUACGAUACGUCGAGCAUUAGUGGAAGCGAAAGCCAUCUACCAGCUCCAGCGCGAACUCGCAGUAUGCCAAACGCUAACCAUCCAUGCUAUCAGUGUUCAUCACUAAAUGAAGCUAGUGCUAAGAAGCUAUGCAGAAAAGAUCCCUUGGGGUUAAUUGCUCACACCGAAACUCAACUAAUGAGAACUUAUCCAGCAGGAUUGAGAAUUGAUUCAUCAAACUUCAAUCCCGUAUUUUUCUGGUCUUUUGGAUUUCAAAUGGUCGCUUUGAAUUACCAAACGGAAGACAUGCCUAUGCAUAUCAAUAAGGCUAUGUUUGAAGAAAACAAUAGCUGUGGUUAUGUCCGCAAACCUGAUGUACUAUGGAAUAGAUCACACCUGAUGUACAGAAGGUUCAAUCCAUUAGAGAAGGAAUUUGAUGGAUUGCACGUAACACAGCUCGUGAUCAACGUAGUCUCCGGUCAGUACUUGAGUCAUGUUACAAACAGUUCAGUUAUUCACGUAGAAAUUGAGCUCCUGGGUAUUCCGAUCGAUUGUGGAAGAAGGCGAACAAAACCAGUGAAACACAAUGUAUUCAACCCAGUUUGGAAUGAAACAUUUUUCUUUAAAAUAAUGUUCCAUGAUUUGGCGUUCCUCAAGUUCACCGUUUAUGAAUCGGAAUCUCUAGUUGUUGCACAGCGUGUUAUAUCACUUAAAUGUUUUAGGCCUGGCUAUCGACAUGUACGUCUGCGAUCGCCAACUAAUCAACCGUUAAAUAUGGCAUCGUUGUUCGUUUAUACACGAGUAGAGGAAGAAGGCUUAGAUAGAUCGUAUGGCGAAAUCGACGAACAGUACCUCCAGCAGAUACGGACCGCAAAUAGAAAAGAUCAAAUUGAAGAUACGGAACCCAUUUUAGAGAGUAAAGUUCCUUUAUUAAAGCGGAAAACUUUCUUUUGUACUAUUUACGACGCGGUACCUAACAAUCCUUUUACUAUUCUCAAAAUUACUCAAGAAUGCACAACGAAAGAUGUUCUCAUGAUGGUUUUGCAAAAAAUGCGUAAACCGAGAACGGACAUUGCAAACUAUAUUUUAAUAGAGGAAGUGUACACAGGAUGGGAGAAGAAAGACAAGCGAUAUCCGCCAACGCAGAGAGUGUUGGAUAUGACCGAGAAUCCAUUACAAGCUCAGGCAUGCUGGAAAGGUGACGGUAGGUUCAUAUUGAAGCGAAUAGGUAACGACCCAAGCAGCCGUGCGUGGGUAACGUCCAUUCGACGAACGGCGGACGCAAGGCGGGCAUCGAUAGCAACUACUACAGCCGGUGGGGAGACAACCGGUGAACAAGGAGCUGGAGCAACAGUGGACGAUCCACUAUCACUGGAAAAUGUAGACAAUUUCCUAGUCUGUGUCUUCAACGUAUCACAUGACAUACCAUACGCAAUUCUUCGGGUACCGAUCAAAUCUACGGCGCAAGAUGUGCUCGCUCAAGCUCUCUUGAAAGCACGCCGACUUGAUAACCCCAACAAUUUUGUGCUAGUCGAAGAAUUAAACUACAGCAACAAAAGCAAUGACACAAUGCAGCGAAUUCUGUUAGAUGAUGAGAAUGUCUAUACAACGCAAGCUAAUUGGAAAUCGAUCGGUCGCUUCGUUAUCCAUGAGCGCAGUCAACUCACGCCCUCAACGAUUCGUAAAACAAUACUGCCGAUCGAGAAAAUAAGCAGAGGCUUCAGUAUCAGUCGGGGAUCGUCAUCUUCAUCCACCUCGGUGCACUCGUUGGCCUCGAAGUCGCCUAUCCAGGUGGCGCUCAGUGAUCCAACGCCGUCGAGAAUCAAAUGCCGCUCGGCUGAUGCGGCAGCUCUAGGAGCAAAACCAAAACACCCUCGAAAUUCUGGUUCCGGUGGUUCUGGCAGCACAGGAUCCGGUGGUCGGCAUAAGUACAGUUCAGAAAAGGAUACAUCGUUCUCGAGUACCAGCAGCAGCAGUAAUGCUACAUCAAAGUCGAGUAACCGUCGAGAGGUACACUCCGAAGGUGAAACCCUAAGCGACGAGGAAGUUAAGGAAAACGACAUCAUGUCGACUAUGUCACGCUUUAAGCGAAUGUCGAUAAAAAAAUUGAAAUCAUGGAAAUCGUAAUUCUAGGAUCAAAGUUUAUUUUUAUAACAAUUUUGCAGUAUGCCUUGACGAAUUGGCUUCUAAAUUUAGUGCAACAUUUACAUUUUUAGUCAAAGUAAUUAAAAACCAAUUCAUUUUUUUUUAGCGUUAUCCAACCUGUCCGUAUUGUAUUUUAUUUUAUUUGCUGAUUGCUGGUGUAGGCGAGAAGAACAAUAAUAAAAGGUACUUGUUUUUCUGCACAGUAAUGGAAAGAUGCUGCAAAAAAGUCAAAACGGGUCAUUCUAUAAUGAUAUGAUGAACAAAGCACGAAUCACGAUAAUCUAAUCGGUUCUGAAUUUUUCAAUUGCUCUACUGCUCGUUCCGUAAGCACUUUAUCGAAAAUUGAAUUAUUCAUGAAAUUAAUCUUCUAAUAUGACUCAGCUCCUAAACGUUGUUCACAACAUAUUUGAAAAAAAAGCCAAAUAAGCUGAAAUUGAAAUCUUACCCAUUAUUUCAAGUAAAGUAAGGGUCCGAUUUUGGCAACACGUUUUCACUGUCUUUAAUUUGCGUAUACUCUGCGCUCCAAAGUAUUUCACUCUAUUUAAUAUUUCCAUAGUUUUUUUUCCGGAUAAUUGCGAAGCUGAAUACGUCCAGAUAAUCAGGAUCACAUUCAAUAAAAUUUGUGAAAACUAAGAAGUUAAAAAUUGUAUGUUGCCAAAAUUCCCUACUGUACCUCAAAUUUUACAGCAAUCCGAUCAGAACGUACUAAGAAAGUUUCAAAAAAGUCUUGAUGAUGCAGAUUUCAAAAUUUUGCACGGCGAGGUGUGAUAGAGAAAUUUUAGACGCUUAUAUUCUUCGAAUUAAUUUGUUUGUUACAGUGGGAGAUAAAAAGUCUAAAUAUACCUAUUUGAACCACCCCAUUUUUUAUUUCAAAUAUUUAAUAUAAUAAGUUCAUGAAGCCCUUGAGUAACAUACACACAUACAGAAAUGUUCUGAUCUCGUCGUGCUGAGCUGAGUCGAAAGGUAUAUGACACUUGACUCGGAUUGAAAGUCGGUUUUGCAAGCAAUAUGUUCUGCGGCAUCAAAUUUAGGGAAAAAAUACCAAAACUAUGUUGCCCCAUUCACGAGAGCCCAUAAAGAAUAGAAAUCUUCAAUUGCGUUUUUUUCUCAGCUUGCUGUUUUAAUAAUUGGGACAACUCUGCUGAAAAGGAAAGUGUAUACCCUACUUAAAAAAAAAGUUUGGAAUGCGCAGAAUUCGGUGCGGAUUAUUAUUUAUUAUUCACUCUGUUUAUUUUUGAUUGCUUUGGAUUCAAAAUCACCUUUUAAACCCGUGCAUUUUAUUUUGACCCGGUUUACGGUUAGCAAAAAUAUGAAUUAGAUACGCACAUGUGUAUACUCAAAAAGUAUUCAAAUCUAAAUGUAUUAAAAGCUACGCUAAAUCGCAACUCUGCUGACCGACGCAUAGUUUGUUAUAAAGAGAUAGAAUACACGCUUAGUGUAAAACUUGUUUAUACAUAGGAUAGUAUUAAGUGAGUUCAUUUAGGAAUUAUUCGUAGAAUGUGUUUGAUUACUGUCAUUUUCAAAUUAGUUUUAUUUUUUUAUGUUUGAUGAGGGAAAAAUCGUCACUUAUAAAAAACUUUUUUUUUCCAAUAUUACAAAUUAAAAAAAUGUCGGUAUCUAGUUAAGUUCACCAUAGGUAGAUUGAUUGUGUUUUUAAUGCAUAUAAACUACGAUUGAUUCGAACUUUAAACCCAACAUUUCAUUCCUAAUUGAUACAACAUAUUUUUAAAUGUCAUGUCCUUCUUAAAAACUUAACCAGGAUAAAAAAAAACAGUAUUUCGCACUUUUUGAAAACAUCGUACAAUAAUUUUGAAGCUAUUUCAUGAUCAUAGCCUUAGCAUCCAUGGAAAAUGUUGAGAAGGAAAUGCACAAGAAAUCCCAAUUGUUUUUAAAAUGGAAAAAAAAUAAGCAUUUUUUAUUUUUUCUGAAAACGACACCAAUUCAACUUGUUCACAAGAACGACGUGUUGAAUUCCGACUGAUGUACUGACAGACAUUUGUAAAGAGCAUCUUCAAAGGGAUAUUAAGACUUCUAAAAACUUGAAAUAGAUAAAAACUUACUUAUUUUCAAAAGACCUUCCUUAGUCGGCAAAAGCGCAAAUAUAAAGCAAGACUAUGCUGGGUUUGAUUCCCGGCUGAUCUAGGUAUUUUUCGAAUUGUAAAUUUCUCGACUUACCUGGGCCAUAAUACAAUUCAAAAAUGGUGAAGGCUUAGAAAGCUCUCAAUUACAACAGUGGAAGUGCUUAAAGAACACUAAGUUGAGAGCCGGCAUCAAGUCAAGCAAGCGUCAAGUAGGGACGUAACCAAAGCAGAAGAAGAUACUUAUUUUUCGAUACAGUCCUUACCCACCUAAAGCAAUCAACCAAUAUUUUGUAAUUCUCAUCAUAAACACAUAAAUACGAGAAGACUGGUUCCAGUUCGCCAAAAUGAGUUGUUGACGAAAGGACCUUGGAUCAAAAAUCAAGCAUCAGCAGAAAACACGAUCCCAACGCAAUUUUUUUAACCAACUCUUUUAUUCAGUUCACUUACUCAUUUGAACUUGAGAACAAGCCUUUCAGUUUCACUCAGGUUUAAGUUUAUUUUAUUCAUUAUUUAUAGAGGCACCUCUUGAGUUUAAGAAAAAAAAAUAUCUUGAGGCAAUUAAAGCACUGAAGGUUUUUUUUUACAAUUUAUUUCAGUAGAAUAACAAGAAAAUCAAGAACAAAAAUGCGAGCAUAUCUGAGCAUACAUAUUUAUUUUCAAAACUAGUUUCUGUGCAAUAUUUGUUAUAUCAGCAAAAAUCAAACAGUAUAAAUAACAAAAAGCAAAACCAUUUGAAUGUCUAUUGAUCGUUACUUUGUUUACUAAUUUUGGAAGCUUAUAAUUAAAGUGCAACUAACGAACAGCACAACCAUAUGACCCGAGAAUAAAAAUCCUUACAAAUAAGUAAAGGCUAUCUGAACAAACACGUUAAAAUACAAAAGAAAUAUAUGAAAAAAAAAACUAUGUGAUAACUAUAAAUAAUAAUAAAUUAAAAUUCAGAUUGACCAUCUGUUUUAAUUUUAUUUCUAAUGUAGUUGAAGUAGCGAUAUAGAUCAAACCUAACACUUCAUAUACACGGCAUCAGAGCAUCCCUCCAGAAACAUUCAUCUCAUCUAUCGUCAUGGAAUUCUAUACAACCAAAGAAAAAAAAAAGA